AACACAUAGAGGACAUCCUGAAUGUAAAUAUUCACACUGAAAUAGAAAGUAGUUUUUAGUGUCUAUCAUCCGUGCUGUUAGCAAGGUGGCGCAAGACUAAAGCAUUUGUUUGCUGUGCAUGAAUAGUGUUGAGGACAAAAAGGGAAGUGAACCGUUACUACAGAUAUGGUCUCAAAUUUUGGAAGAGAAACGUCCAAAAUGGUCACAUACGGAAAGGCGUCUAUUUUCUACACGCUGAUCUGCUUUUACCUCAUUUUAGGUAUCCACUAUAGCAGUACAUUAAAAACGAUUUAUAUUCAGACUGGAGGAUCUGUCACUAUCCCGUGUCAUUAUGACAGGAAAUACACACAGAAUAGAAAAUACUGGUACUCAGAAAGGAAUCUUUCGAAUAAAUACACAAACACUACAGAGGAGAAUCUGUCAGUAAUUGAUUAUCCUGAUCAGAGUCUCUUUACUGUGACUAUGAGAAACCUGCAGGAGAAUCAAAGAGGACGUUAUUAUUGUUUUCUGGAGACUGAGGGACCAUCAUCAUCAUCAUCAUCAGCAUCAAAAACUGAGUUAAAUGACUUUUAUCUCCAAAUCAAAUCUGUUCCGGAUGUCUCUGUGGUGAACAGCAGUGUAACUGGACAGGAAGGUGGUAAUAUCAGUGUCCAGUGUCUCUACAGUUCAGGAUGGAAGACUACAUUUAAACGGUGGUGCAGAUUUCAAGAAAAUAAAUGUUACUCAGAGGUUAGGACUGACACAUCCCAGAAUUCAUCAGUCCAGAUCAGUGAUGAUGGGAGAGAAUCCUUCACUGUGGUGAUGACUGGACUGAGAGAGAGUGAUUCUGGCUGGUACUGGUGUGCUGUACGUGAACUACGAAUCUAUGUUCAACUCACUGUGAAUAAGAGAAAACCAGACAUCAACACUGAAAACGACAUGAAAAAAACAUUUCCGUUUGUGUGGCUUUCAACUUCUGCAGCAGUUUUGCUUCUACUGAUUCUGAUCGGUGUUUUUAUCUGGAGAUGCAGAAAGAGACACAAUGAAGAGGAAAAUAAAAAUCGAAUUAGAGAGAGGAGCAGCGCCAAGACCUCUGACAAAGUCUCCUGUACACCCAAAGAUACAGAAAUGUACUGCACGAUAAAUGAUGACAAUCCAAAUACCUCCUCCUCAUUGGAUCCCAGUACAAACAUAACUUACAGCACUAUAGCAGUGACUUCUGGGUGUAAAUCACACUGUCCAGCAGAUGGCGUAAUCUACAGCACUGUGGCACAGCAUUAAUCAUCAACACAGGAUGAGCCAAAAAGAAAAGUGUAUAGAGGAGGAUUGUCAUCACACCAACUUAUUUCCUUGUUCCUUUUAGCUUGUUUAUUCAAACCUCCAACCUUUUAGGGUGCAACACAUCAACACCAUCUACAAUCUAUAUUUUAUUAUAUCUUCAUUUUAUUCUUAGUGUAAGAUGGUGCCCCCCUAGGGAGUUGGUGCCCUAUACAGAGUGUAGUAUGUGUGUAAGGAGCGAUGGUACUGUGUAUGUGUGCUUCAAUCCUCAAAAUAAUGAUUGACGAGUUUCUAGAAAAAGCUGUUUAUAUUUUACCAUUUUUUUUACCUAAUAUUGACCUUAAUACAUGCCAGUCUAUUGCAUACUGUGGCAAAUCAGACAAAACACAAAGACAAUGUUAAGCUUCAUUUAACAAACCAAGUAUCUUUCAGCUGUGUUUGAUAUAAUGGAAAAUUAUUUUCUAAUACCAAAUUAGCAAUUUAGCAUGAUUUCUCAAGGAUAAUGUGUUGGAGUGAUGGUUGCUGGAAAUGGGGCCUGUCUAGAUUUGAUCAAAAAUGACUUUUUUUUAAAUAGUGAUGGUGCUGUUUUUUACAUCAGUAAUGUCCUGAAUAUACAUUGUGAUCAGUUGAAUUCCACUUUGGUGAAUUAAAGAACCAGUUUCCUUCCGAAACAGCCAAAUCUGUACAUUAUUCCAAACUUUGUCCGCCAGUGUAUGCCUCUAGCUUUGAUAUGAUAUUCUUUCUUUCUUUCUGAUUCAAAUUAAAGUAGUUUAGACAUCGACUAGUCUAUUUAUGUCACAAACUGUGUAGAAUAAUGUCAAGUACAAAGAGUGCUGAGUAGAGGUUAGGAUUGAAUUUAAGUUUUAAAUUUGUACAUUCAAUUAUUGUGGUAAUCAAAUGUAUUUGUACAAACUAAUUGCUAUGCCAUUACUGUUAAGGUGCUCUUUAUGAUUUAAUAAAGAAUGGGCUAU